CUACAGUACAGUAAGCUCACCAUCACCACCAACAAAAGUCCUAUAACUUUGUGAAACACGUUUCAUCGCUGUAAGAUUCCUUGAGGAAGAGGCCUCCUUAGUCAAAUAGCAUCUGUUAUCCAAUACCCGUCGUGCCGAGCCGUGUAUGCGCCAAUGCGGGUCUCUUGAACCGCGCGCUUUUGGAUGGAUAUUCAGGGGUCCUUGUAAGAAGUGGACUCUCGCUCUGCAUUGCAUGUGCAUUGCAGUCGUGGCAGCUUCAAAAUCGUUUUCUCGCGGUUCACUCGGUCUUGGAUGGUCUUGGCUUUUGUGCGGAGGUGCAUGCGUGAGGCCUCUCGUGAAUCACUAUCAAUAAUAUAUAUAGACCCUUGAGUCUUCACAUAACCUGACUUGACUCCUGCAUCUACAACUUCACAUCACACUUUCUUACUUCAUCCGCAUUCACAUCAGCCAAAAUGGUCAACUUCCACGAGAGCUCUUCUGACAUCGAGCUUGAGGACGGUCACAUCCUCGUUGCUCAGUGCAACGAUGCUGAUGGUGAGCCUCAAGAGUCUCGUCUUGAUCUCGACUACUACAUCGGCAACAACGAUGGUGCUUUCUACUGGGGUGGUGAGGGCUUCUCUGGCUCUGCUUCCGACAUCACCUUCGAGCUGGAGGGCGACGACAACGUCCCUGUCCUCCGCGCUCUUCUCAACCCUGUUGAUGGAGACCCCGUUGAGGCUAACGUCAACCUCGCUGAGUGCAUUGGCAAUGACAACGGCACUCUCGUCUAUGUCCCACCCCAAUAAGCGAAAUUAUGGACUUUGAGGAAAGGAUUCAGGCCGCAAGACAGUCAAACAAAUGAAG